CAGAUGUUCAUAAAGCAGCACGUGACGAUGAUCUCAUGGCUCGCUCUUUCUGCUCGACUACCAAACAACAACAAUCACAACAUCCGCAAAGAUGCGCGACGCUCUGACACUGUUCGGCGGCGACAAUGGAUGGCACUCAGACGACUGGAUAGCGAGUGAUGAUCGCGUCCGAGGUGGCAAGAGCAUCUCAUAUCUUGAUUGCACCAAGACCACAGGCACCUUCCGAGGAACUCUAGACAUCAAGACUCUCGGAGGUGCUGGCUUUGCAAGUCAGAGGACGACUGGUGAUGAUCGCGAGUGGGAUCUUUCUGACUAUGCAGGCAUUGAGCUGUACAUAGCCAAAGGCGAUAAGAAACGCUACACAUUCAAUCUCAAGGAUGAGCUUCUGCCGCAGGACCCCGACACGGGAAGAGAACAGUCGAGCAUCUCGUACGAAUGCGACUUUGAGCUUCCACCGCAAACAGUGCCUGGUGACGCGCAUGACAAGACUAUCUUCAUUCCAUGGAGUAGCUUCAAUGCGACUUAUCGAGGGCGACCGAAGAAGGAUGCCAAGCCGAUCGACUUGAAGAAGAUCAAACGUUUCAGCAUCAUGAUGAGGAGCUUCUUCGGAACCCAAGAGGGAGACUUCUCACUCUCCAUACGCUCGAUAUCGGCUUUGCAAAAGGUGCCAAAGGAUGCGAUUACUGAUGCUGAAGGAGAAUCCUGGCUAGAUCCGUCUCUCGAACAGGGCUACAAUAGCGCAUCUCAACGCCAUGUGCCUCGUGGGAGUGUUUCGAGCAACACAAGCCUUUGGCAAAGGAGAAAGGGAACAUGCCUUCUCCUGGUGGCUGUGUCUGUACUUGCGGUCCACCACUUGGCUGGCAAGUACUUGCACAACUGUAAUAAUUGAGUUUGAGAUCGUCUCAAAAAUGGAGCCUGGGCAGCCAAGUGGUCAUUUGAGCAGCGCCAUUCCGUGACACUCCGGACGGGUCGACAUCCCCGUCCUCCGCACGGGGGAAGACAGUGAUUUCGGACAGACCUGAGAAAGCUCCAGUCACUAGCGCCCAACCCGCGCCUUCAUAGUGUCCAAGGGUAUCACGAUUCUGCAGAGCGGCAGUAUACUGUGGCAGCCAAUGUUCCAAUAAUUUGAGACCUCAAUGAAUCACGGGUCAGGCUCAUCUUCUUCACGAGAGAGCCCUGAUGAGCUCCGAACAGGUUGAACGCUGAAACGUACUCGGUUUAGCUCGUUGGCACUGCUAUAGAUCGCUGCAAGCACGCAUAAACGGUCAGCACCCUAUCCUGACGUCCAAGUCGGCGACUCUGGACCUAAGACACCGAUCUAGAACCCAUGCCAACCUUCGUGCUUUUUUCCGAAGCACGAACGAGGGCCCCCCUCCGUCUGGAUUCUGUACGAGGUCUUUCAUCUCAAAGGAGAACCAUUUUUGGCGUUGCGUUGCAUUGGUCUUGAACAGCUGGCGGCAUGCUGCCCACGCCCACUUUGUGCAGCAGACCCCAAGAAACACGCAUCGGCUUCCGAUUUGUGUACGUAGACGCCACACGCCUACGAGACGUGCAGGAAUACAUAGCAAAAGCGGUGAAUCUGAUCCAUGGAUCAAAGAGAGCUUCAUGUGGUGCAGUGCAAUUGUUGCGUGCGCCCCCAAGAAAACGCGGUGCAGCCUCGUCGUCCGUUGUCCGUUGGACCAGCCAGCCAGCCAGCCAGCCAGUCCACAUGACAUUGUUAUCAUUAUUUAUGCCGCGAAGUUGUUGGUAAUCAUCAGAAGACCAAGUGUUCAUCAUCAUCAAUGUUGUUGCAAGAAAACACAGCCUCAAAAGUCCACGCACGCACGAGCAACGCGCAAGGCAAGGCAAGCAGGACCCCAGUCACAAGCGCAGAAAAGAGCCG